UCUUGUUGAACGGCUCCAUUCGCGCCAUUGUCUUCUUUAAAUGGAGGCAAACUCCGCACCUCCCAGCUAGUCAUCAAGGCUUUCCCUCUUCUCUUCUUCUUGCGAUCAAGGGAUUGUUGACCAUCUCCUUGCCCAACCGACAUUCUUUUUUCCAGACAUUCGUUCAUUCACUCAUUCAAAAGGCUCUAGUCCUUUCAAACAAGCUACCAAACGAGACAUACACGAUCAUUCAUUUACUGAACUUUGAAAGUUCCUGAACUGCUAUAUAUACAACAACAGCAAACAUGCGUUUCUUCUCCGUCCUCGGCUUCGCGGCCGCGGCCGUCGCCCAGCUGACGUCGUCUUCCCUCGAGAAGCACGUUGACACCGCCACCAUCAAGUCCUUCAACCCCAUCAAGGAGGCUUACUGGACCGGUCUCCCCCACCAUCGCCGUACCCCCUUCGCCGUCUCCCCCGACGGAAAGUCGGCCUGGCUCGCGUACCUCGACUCCUCCGAGACGGGCGUCCACGUCCAGCAGAUCGACCCCACCACCUUCGCCGCCACCGGUGACCCCGUCACCGUCUCGGGCGGUAAGGAGGCUGCCGGUCUCGUCGCCCACAACGAUGGUUUCGCUGUCAUGACCAACGAGGUUCUCUCCGGCUCCGGCACCGACGUCGCCAUCGCUGUUCUCUACCGCUACACCACCGGCAAGACCGAGCCCACCUUCAAGACCUGGCUCGGCGGCCCCAACGUCGACGGAAGCCAGGCCAUGGCCUCCCCCGACGUCAACGGUGACCUCGUCUUCUCCGAGAAGGCCGGUUACUACGCCGCUUACAUCGUCGUCACCGCCUACCAGGGCGAUGCCACCGGCCACUUUGGUGAUGCCAUCCGCUACGUUGACACCGCCGGAAAGCUCACCUCCAUCUCUGGCGCCUCCUCCAGCUGGGGCUGCUCCCACAACACCGGUAUCGCCUUCGAGGCCGCCGACGCCGCUCCCUUCGCCUCCAUCUGCGCCGAGGACCAGGGUGCCGUCUGGCUCAACACCAAGUCCCAGGGCAUGACCACCGACAACGUCAAGAUCUCCAACGAGCACGUCAUCAACGGCGGUGCCAACGAGGCCAUGGGCGGUAUGUCCGGCUCCUACUCCAACCUUGCCCGCUUCAUCGGCGCCGACUCGUACAUCUUCUCCUGGGUCUCCCGUGGUGCCAUCGACCUGACCGAGAACUCCUGGAUGGGCUCCGGCUACACCACCUCCAAGAACCGCACCAACAACCGCAACGUCGCCAUCGCCCUCUUCUCCGACAAGAACACCCUCGUCGGUUCCCAGGCCACCUCCGUUGCCGGCACCGCCGACGGUGACUCCCAGGUCAACUGGAUGACCUCGGGCUCCAACGACUGCUCCAACGCCCACGCCGCCACCUUCGACUCCUCCAAGGCCCUCAUCACCUGGGAGGAGAUCUCCUCCCCCACCUGCGCCUUCGACGCCAUGGGCUGCCAGGGUACCUUCGCCGGCACCAAGUUCCAGAUGGUCGGCAGCGACGGCAAGAAGAUUGGUGAGGUCCUCAGCUCCGACGACACUUACGUCGCUGGUGACAUGGUUACCAUGUCCGACGGCCGUAUCUGCUGGCCUUACGUCUCCAUGACCUGGAAGCUCGACGGCCCCGUCACCGGCUCCCCCGUUACCAAGAUGUCUUUCGCUUGCAUGGCUGGCGGCGCCGGCUCCGGCACCGCUUCUUCCGCUGCUCCCGCCUCCUCUGCUGCCCCUGCCACCACUGAGGCUGUUGACGCCGUCGCCACCAGCGCUGUGAACUCUGCUGACCCCACCUUCGCCUCCGGCACCGCCCCCGAGCCCAUCUUCGAGACCAUCUCCGGCCCGGCCUACACCCCCUCCGCUUCCGCUUCCGCCCCGGCCGCCGUCCCCACCUCCUCUGAGGCUGCCUCCGUCCCCGCUUCCGCCCCCGCCUCGUCUGCCCCGGCUGCCUCCGCCUCCGCCUCCGCCCCCUCCGGCGCUCCCGUCCCUAUCUUCGAGACUGUGUCCCAGGCCCCUGCCUCAUCUGCCGCUCCCGUUCCCGGCACCACCGUCUCCGAGGCCAAGCCCGAGCUGACCGCCACCCCCUCCGGCGCUCCCGUCCCUAUCUUCGAGACUGUGUCCCAGGUCCCUGCCUCACCUGCCGCUCCCGUUCCCGGCACCACCGUCUCCGAAGCCAAGCCCGAGCUGACCGCCACCCCCUCCGGCGCCGCUCCCUCCAAGACCAAGAAGACUCGCACCCGCACCAAGACCCGUGGCCCCAAGCCCACUGGUGCGCCUGCUCAGAGCGGCAAGUGCAGCACCCGCACCACCAUCAAGACCGUCUACGUCACAGCAUAAAUGAGUAGAUGA